ACUUGGAUGAUUGUCUGGGUGUAAAGUGUUGCGUGUCACGAUGGGAGAAAUACAAGUGGGAAGUAAUGAACAAUAGAGCUGGCUAUUUCCGGGAGGCGCCAACAUUCCCGAGCAACUUUCGUGUUCUCAUGUUGCGCAUAGCGAUAGUCAGCCAAACACAUUGUUGUCGCACAAAGCCCAUCCAGUUCACACUAGCAGCUGGUUUUGUGUCAGGAGAGUUUAAGCGAGCUCACCGAGUAGGGAGAAUCAAACUGCCGGCGUCUUGUUGUCAAAUGAUUUGCAUAAGGACUUCCGCCCCCUGAAUUUAGUUUCUGCAUCAACUGGCAAAGGCAGUGGGCAGACCCGAGCCCUGAAGUCAGGCGCAGUCAUGCGGACUUGACAUUUAAACUCGGUUAAUAUUUGGACAUGAACGGCACACGCGUGUAUUUCGGAUGGUCCCGAUGGAUUUGGAUUAAACGGCACACUGGGAUCUGACACUUUCAUUCUCAGAGGCGUUUACUAUGCUGUAUAUCUGCCGGCUCUUGUGGUGGAUAUACAUCGACUAUUUGCUAUUACGUCCAGUGUAGAUCUGGAAUAUUGUAUUGGACUCAUUGGGGUAUUCUGUUGCAGGAAAAUGCGCGUUCUCAUCUCCUCUCAAACAGGGGAUUCCUCGCCUGUUUGCACAUGUCUGUUUGGAUCCUAAAGUAGGAUAUAGCCAGAUCCUCCAACCCAGUCCAGGAUCUGAUGUCUAUGCAUGCUCUGAUGUCUAUUUCAAUGUGUCAUAUUAGAAGAGUUGACCAUCUCUUUUGGAUGGAGUUUUACCUCGCGAUUUUCUUUUGAGGUCUUGGACAGCUUGGAUGCAUUUUAAAUCGUUGUUUGCCUUGGAUUACUUCUUUUUUGGCUAAAUUUUUCAGGUUGGAUCUUCUCGUUUAUUUCGGGUGUCUAAACUCGGUGUUUACUGUUACAAUCACACGUUUCAUUAUUCUGAUUCGUUUUGCCGAUCCACUGGGUGAAAAUACUGUGUGAUCUUUUGUUGGUUUAUUUAUUGGUCGUUUAAAGCUUUUGCACACCAUGACUUUCUUGUCCGGGGCAGUGGUUCUGUUGCUGCGUGGACUCGUCAUCUCUGCGGUAUUGGGCUUAGAGGGUUCAUACACGAGUCAUUUGUCGAACCGAGUCACUCCGGAUCCAGCAGCAGUAGCUGUCGCUCCUACAGACCCGUGUUUGACAGUCAUCCCUCCAUGUAUAAAUGAAGCCGACCGCUUCAGUUUAGAGGCGCUUCGUCACAUUCACAAGCAGCUAGAUGAUGACAACGAUGGAGGAAUUGAAGUGAAUGAGAGUGUAGAGUUUAUCAUAGAGGACAUGAAGCAGCAGCAGACCAAUAAACACAGUAAUCUUCACCGAGAGGACCAGCACAUCACGGUGGAGGAGCUGUGGAGGGGCUGGAAAAUAUCAGAAGUGCACAACUGGACACUGGAGGAUGCAGUUCAGUGGCUGAAAGAAUCCGUGGAGCUUCCUCAGUACGAAAAAAACUUCAGAGAGUUUAAAGUAGAUGGCAACACGUUACCUCGAAUAGCGGCCAAUGAACCGUCAUUUAUGUCAAUGCAGCUAAAGAUAUUAGACCAACGACAUAAACAGAAAUUAAAUCUAAAAGCAUUGGACGCAGUGCUCUUUGGACCUCCACUACGUCCUCACCAUCACUGGCUGAAGGACUUUGUUUUGAUGAUUUCAAUCAUCAUUGGUGUGGGAGGCUGCUGGUUUGCAUACAUACAGAACAAAUCGUCUAGAAUUCACAUCUCCCAGAUGAUGAAAGAUCUGGACAGUCUACAGCAUGCUGAACAGAGCCUGAUAGAGUUACAGAGCCGACUGGAGAAGGCUCAGGAGGAGAAUCGGACAGUUGCGGUGGAGAAGCAGAACCUGGAGCAGAAGAUGCGUGACGAGAUCAACGGAGCAAAGAGAGAAGCCAGCAGACUGCGAGAGCUGCGAGAGGGGGCUGAAUGUGAACUCAGCAGACUCAAGUAUGCAGAGGAAGAACUAGUGCAGGUGCGAAUGGCACUGAAGAGAGCAGAGAAAGAGAUGCAGGCAGACUGGUUGGUGCCAGAAGCCUUGCAGAUGUGGCUUCAGCUCACACAUGAAGUGGAACUGCAGUACUACAACAUUAAAAAACAGAGUGCCGAGCUGCAGCUCACGGUCGCAAAGGACGAGGCGGAAAAGAUCAAGAAGAAGAGGAACUCUGUGUUUGGUACCCUCCAUGUUGCACACAGCUCAUCACUGGAUGAAGUAGACCACAAAAUACUUGAGGCUAAAAAAUCUCUUUCAGAGGUCACAGCCUGUUUGCGUGAACGUCUUCACCGCUGGCAGCAAAUAGAGAAGUUAUGUGGCUUUCCAGUGGUUAAUAACUCUGGGCUGCCCAACCUCACCGCCUCCCUGUACGCCGACCACAGCUGGGUGGUCAUGCCGCGUAUGUCGGUGCCACCCUACCCAAUCGCUGGUGGUGUGGAUGAUCUCGAUGAGGACACACCACCUAUCAUUCCACAGUUCACUUCUACUUUGAUUCGACCUUCUCUGACCCGCAACAGCAGUGUUUGUCGUUCUCGCAGAAGUCUUAUCUCUCAGCCCUCGUCCCUUUCUCCUGACCCUGACCUGUUGUCUAUGGCCUCAGCCCCACUGGCCUACAGACCUGAGGGAGACGAUGAACACAUCUUCUUCACUGUCGAAAGGAAAGGGGAUCUUCAGGACACAUGCUCAGAUUCAGAUUCUCUCAGUUCCUCUUUGGGCAGGAAGCAGUUCUCCGGUCCCUCUGUUCAAAGUACAUGUGCUACAGGCCUGGAGACCCCAGCACGUAAAAUCUCUCGUGAUGAACUUCUUCUCCAGGCGCAGGAGGCCCAGGCUAUCGCCAUGGAGACCUUACCUUCUACCACAUCCUCCCCUUCAUCUCCUCUCGACUCCUCCUCCAUUCACAAGGGCUCUCCUGACAUAACCCGCUCUUCUGUCCUCCCAGAAUCUCAAAGUUUAAUCUUUCACCCUGGCACCAAAUCUGCGGCCUAUAAUGGCAUUCUGGAAAAGUCAUACAGCAUGGGGCAGUUGUCUGCUGGUGGGAUGCCUCCAGGGGGACAUUACCCCUCGAUUAGCUCACUCGACAUAGAAAGCAAAUCUAUCAAGGAGCCCAAGAAACUCCAGCCCACCUCCUCCCAGGACUUGUGCGACAAUGGAGAGAAAAAACGCUCCAAGAUCAAGAGCUUGUUCAAGAAAAGCAAAAAGCUGUGAGGAACAGUAGAGAAGAGGAAGAAAUGGAGAGAAAAAGAAGCCUUAAAGAAAUAAAUGAGGGUCAAUCAUAAGCCAAAACA